AUGGCCUGUAAAGAACCAUCUGUUUUGCCGGUGGAUAUCAUGGAGGCCCAAUUGUCCACAAUUGACCUCCUAAUGGCGAUGUUCCCGUCUCCAGGCGAGCUGGAAAUCCCCGAAUCCACAACACAGUGCGUCGAGAGACUCCGCGACUGGUGCGAGAACCCGACCUCUACACCUCCUAAAAUCCCUUCAAGUCUCUCUCUCACCGUCUGUCUACCAAUUGCAGAUGGAGACAGAACAAUACAAGUCAAUAUAUCUGUGCCACUGCAAUGUGAUAAUCCAGAGACACUUGACCAGUCACCGUCAUUGGGAUAUUCCCUUCGACAACCAGAAUGGAUGUCCAGAGCCGAAGUUGCUGGACUGACUGCCUCAAUACCGCAAGGCGAUGAUGCUUUAGAGGCAUUCGAAUACAUCCAAGCAGAAGCCAGCCGCUUUCUUGAAGACAAGCGGUCUCAGACCGUGGCUCCAGAAGACACAGACAGAGGGCCAAGCGUCCGAGUCUGGUUCUAUUUUCCGUCCCUGUCAACCCGCAAAAAGAGAGAUGAUAUGGUCAACCUCGCACCGGGGUAUGCUCUAACGGGAUUUGUGCUUGCGGGCAAGCCGGGCGUAUUGUGUCUUGAGGGGGCUUCGCCUGAUAUCGACUCUUAUAUGAGUUUUAUCAAGACGCAUUCCUGGGGUGAUAUCCCUAGUCAUCAGAAAAAAGUCAGCGAGAGGUUUCGAGAGACAGAGGGUGUUCAGAGGGUGUUUUCUGGGAUGGAGGAAAUUACGGACUCGUUAGGAGAGCGAGGUGGCCAGCGGGCUAAUCGGGGUGAUAUGCAAGCGCUGGAGGCGUGGUUAGGGAGUAGAGGACUACAGGAAGCAUUUGAAAAAGUUAUAUUCUAG